AUGAAGAAGAAAGCAGGGAGACCUAAAAAGAACCGGAGGAGAGAUGGCACUGAGGAACAAGUUGCUGGAAGGGCUAGGAGAGAUGCCACUGAGUCACAACUUGCUGGAAGGGUGAGGAGAUCAUAUCCUGUGAUGACUUGCUCAAGGUGUGGAUUUGAGGGUCACAACACAAGAAGUUGUCACCAACAAGGAUGUCGAAUAAGACCCAAGAAUUGGGUACCACCACCACCAGAGGAUGAAACUGAAAAUGCUGAACAAGUUGAGAUUAAUGUCUCUCAAACUGCACCAACAGAAGAUAUCCCACAAUCCCAACCUACACAGGGCCCUACUGGAAGCCAAACUCCACUAGCUCCUGCUGCUGCUGCUUCAUACCCCACAAUCACAACUCCACAGGGCCCUCCACCACUGCAACCAAGGGUUGCUUAUAGAGCUCCAAUUGCUGCUGCUGCUCCAAGGCAACCUCCACCACUGCAACCAAGGGUUGCUUAUAGAGCUCCAAUUGCUGCUGUUGCUGCUCCAAGGCAACCUCCACCACUGCAACCAAGGGCUGCUGCUGCUCCAAGGCAACCUCCACCACUAGCCCCUGCUGCUGCUGCUUCUUCUUCAACACAAGCUCCACCUCUGCAACCAAGGGUUGUCUACAGCCUCACACCUUCUGUUGCUACUGCUAUAAUGAAUCAAAGAGGGGCUCCACAUGCUACUGCUGCUUAUAGAGCCCCCCCUGUGAGAGGAAAAGUUUUCAGGCCUCCCCGUCAAAGGGUUGAACCUGCCACCACUACACAUCCCCCACAAUCCCAAGGGAGAAGAUCCCCACCACCAGGUCCUGCUACACAUGAACUUCCUGGAGGACCUAUGGUAUUCAUGCCAACACCUUCAAUCCAGCCAAGGCCUCCACAGAAUCCAUGA